UAUCUGAUUAAAUAAGAUAUUUUACCACCCCUACAGGGGAGGGCAAUAAACAUCUUAAAGUAUCAGAAACAUAAAUUCCCAGCGGGCUGGGAAUAGAAUUUAACUAUAGAAUCACAACAUAAAUAUGGCGUCCCUGAUUGCUGGGCCCAUUAUUUGUAACAUUUAUUUAGCGUACCAUGCUACUGGGCUCAUUGAAUGUAACAUUUAAUUGGUGUCUCAGUUUGGUGGUCAUCGAAUAUAACAGUUAUUCUGCACAUAUAUGAGAAUAAACUUAGAGCCAUUAUUGAAAACCGUGUGAAAGCAUUAACAUCAGCUCUCACCACUCAAUAAUGAAAUCUUAAACUCACAACUUAACAAUCCAAUACUAAAUGUCUUAGCUUAUAUGAGAAGAAAAUAUAACCUUUGACAUUCUUGGAGAAUCAAAAUAUAGAAAUUUAACAACAUCUAAUAACUCCAAAAUAUCUCUUCAGCUAGUGAUAACCAACUUUACUUCAAAGCAAAACUCAGAUGAUUCAAAUCAAUCUGAUCACUUUGGUCCAACUAAAACUAAAAGAUUUAACUACCAAGUUAGUCUUAUCGUUCGACCAAAAUUUAUGCACAUCUAUAACUAGAUGCUGCCAUUUGUGGUUUCAAUAACCACAUCCCAAAAAUGAAAACUCCCAAGUUAUGCUAUUUCAAAGUCACCUCCAGUCCAAAAUAGGUUAGAUGCCUCGAAAUUUAACCUAAAUCCCUUUGUCUAUUAGUCUAAUAAGACUCCUAAACACUUAUUUUAUAUUGUGUAGAACAAGAUUUGUUGCCAGAUUUAACGUAAGUUAAUCUGUAGUCCUACCCGACCAAAAGGGGGUGGAUUCAAAUUAAAUUGCUUAAAAUCCCUUAAAGAAAGGUGAAUCAUAAGCUAAAUUGCUAGUAAAACCUUAAAGGUUAAGCUUUGCGCCAAACUGCUUAUAAAUCCUCCGAGACAGGUAAAGCAUGCGCUAAAAUAGCUCAUAAAUCCUAAAACAAGGUAUAGCAUUUUUAACACUGAAAGAAAAGUGUUUCUUUGAUAUCACAGAAAAAGGUGAAGCAUAAGCAAAAUUGCUUGUAAGUCCUUAAAAGGUAAGCUUUGCGCCAAACUGCUUAUAAAUCCUCAGAGACAGGUAAAGCAUGCGCUAAAAUAGCUGGUAAAUCCUAAACAAGGUGUAGCAUUUCUAACACUGAAAGAAAAGUGUUUCUUUGAUAUCACAGGUUUAAAGAUAACCUGUGACCCGUUUCUACACACAUAAAAAUAAGUCCUUACAAUAUGUGUAUGUAAAUAUACAAGUAUAGUGGGUACUGACUGGAUUGUGUUCUUUUGAAAUUUCUUCAUAACUUGUGUUUUUGUGCCAUCAGCUGAAAAUGGAUCCAAACAUCCUCAAUUCUGGGCACAUCAUUGACUCCAUAGGCAUAGAGAAACAGAAACAAAUUGUUGAAAAGCUUAUCCACUUAUCUUCAGAAAAGCAGGAUAACCUAAACAAUUUUAACCUCAGCCUAUGUGAAGAAAAGAUUCAAGAAUUAAGUAACUUAAUUCAAAACCCAAAUGGAAACUUUCUGAUAACAGAUGUACUCUGUGAGCUCACGCUACUUUAUCAGCUUAAAUACCAAAUAAAAGCUAAACAGUACUCUGAGUUAGAAGCCAAAUAUCAGAUGAUCUGCCACAGAGUAAGUGCUGCAAACAUUUUAUUGUCAGGAGCUGACAAGAUCAAAGACCCAUGCGGCCAGACUGACCAUGCCUCAGAACAAAAGGUGACCCUCCUCUCUCAGGAGCUAUGCAAUAAACAAAGCAAGCAGACUUUGAAUCAGCAGGAGGUCACCCCAGUCGAAGGGAGAACAGUUCCUGAAGCAGAUACAAAGUCUCUAAACUCUGAGUUAACACUAAAUAGAUCUGAAGAUGUUCAAAGUCAAAGUAGUGUUGCAGACAGAGAGAAACAAGUAGAUCACUUGGUAAACUCAAGCAGUUUAAAAUUUUGCAAAGGACAACCAUGCAAACCAAUCUCUGACUCACACUCCGCUGACCGAGCAUCAAGUGCCAAAGUUCACACCUUGAAAAACUCUGAGGAGAACCAGUCUCCCUUGUGUCAUCAAAGGUUAGCUCAAAACCCCCCACCACUUAAUGAGCAGAACCAGCUUCCUGACGGGCCAGGUCCACCGAGUGACCAUAGAAUUCAACAACUUGAAUCCUUGGCCAAAGACAUUGAUAUUUUUGACCCAGAAAGUCAACACUCAAACAUAGCUGAUUAUCUGCAAGAAGUUGAGCACUGUCUGAAAGACUUGCCAUUUCCUUCUUCUCAUGAGAAAUUGAAGCUGAUUUGGAAAACAACAGCUAGAAGCGUCCAUGUUUUCAUAAAAUCUCUUCCUCCAAAAAUCAGAGAAAGUUAUUCAGCUCUUUGUCAAACCUUAAGAGAAGAAUAUUCUGGUUACAGAGAUCCGGCGUUAGCAACGCUUGAGGCAUCUUUAGUUCUCCAAGGAGAACAUGAAACACCCAGAGAAUAUUACUUUCGCUUGAGACAGGUUUAUUUUGAGGGCUGCAGUUCUCCAGAUAUUGACGAAGAAGAUCCCACAUUUAAAGCAUUGUUCAUCCAAAAUCUACAUGAAAAUGUACGAUAUGAUGUAGCAAUGCAUUGCAGGAUAGAAAACCUUUCUAUUCAGGAAACUCGCAGAUAUGCUCAGCUUGUUUGGGAAAUACGUCUCAAAUCAGAUAGAUUUCAAAGCAAGCUUAGAGUCUUUAACCUUCAAACAAAGAACAGGACCAGAAACAGACACAGAUUCAGUUCCCCAGUGGUUCACCAAGAUGAAGGUCAUAAGCCUUCACAUCACAAUGCAAAACCAAAGGUUUACACUGGUAAAGGGGGGUAUCAACAAGCUACAGAAACAACAACAAAAGAAAACUUAGAACUGAUCUGCAAAACAGUUCUUACAGAGCUACUGGCUUCUCUGACCAAUCACAAAGUACUACAAUUCCAAGCUAAUGGUAAAACUUAUCAUAUCCAAGAAUAUGAUAGUUCCUGAUCAUUUCUAACUUACUUUAACCUGUUUAAUCCUUUCUUUCUUUUGUUUCACAACUUGAGAAAUGAUGAAGGUUGAACAACAGCAUCAUGAAGGUGUUAGGAAAUUUUGUUUGGAAUUUAUAUAUUUGUGUAUCAGGGUCAGACGUUCCUGCCAGACCUGCUUCAACCAGAUGCAAAACCUCUGGAGAAAAUGAACUGUUUUAUGAUAAGAUAGGGUCAGCUUCUGCCAGACCUGCAACAAAUCAUCCAGGGACAAACACUGGAGAAGAUAUGAACCCUAAAUGAACUUUCUUCCUGCCAACAGGAACCUGACUCAUCACCGCUCCAGAUAUCAUGGCUUUAUGGACUUAUUUGUUGAUCUGAAAACAAAGAACUGCAUCUUUUAUUUCCAGAUCAAAAAGGGGGAAUGUUAUGCCAUUUGCCAUGAUCAUACUUUUUGGACAGUGGGAACCAGUGUCCAUAUUUCAUCCUGAUAGGAUGACUAGAGAAGAAA